UAGGCUACAACAACCAUGCCACUAUCACCAUGGACGCCAGCCAGAGUUAUAUAAGAUCAGGUUUACCUCACUCUUCCUCCCCAGAACCACAGCGGGUGGUUCUAUUGGGCAACCCACAGGAGGGAAGGACCAAGGUUACAUAGCAGUGAUGAGAUACCCUGUCUGCUCUACCCCAUUAUCCCUAAAUACUUCACAUUACCAAGUGGGCAGGUGCCCUUGGAGAGUGGACUGGCCACCAGGGGGCACUCUGGCAAGAGAAUUCCCUCCAAACUGCCUUGCCCGCCCCUAGGGGUGGAGGCUGGCUGGUCUCCUUCCUGGAAUGAGCCAGGAGGGAGGAGCGAGCGGAAGGAAGGAAGCCUGUGUGCAUCUAGCUGGUCCACCAGUCCAGGGCACAACAUCUCCCAGUGGCCAGUUUGGGCGCCCUGGGACUUCCUACAGCUGGCCAUGGCAGACUCUGCACAGGUGCCAGCCCUGGUAUACCUGGUCACAGGUGGCUGUGGCUUCCUGGGGGAGCAUAUUGUUCGAAUGCUGCUGGAGCGGGAGCCCAGGCUCCGGGAGCUGCGUGUCUUUGACCUGCACCUGAGUUCUUGGCUGGAGGAGCUGAAAACAGGGCCUGUGCAGGUGACUGCCAUCCAGGGGGAUGUGACUCAGGCCCACGAGGUGGCAGCAGCCAUGGCUGGAUCUCAUGUGGUCAUCCAUACAGCUGGGCUGGUAGAUGUGUUUGGGAAGGCCAGUCCAGAGACCAUCCACAAAGUCAAUGUGCAGGGCACACAGAAUGUGAUUGACGCUUGUGUGCAGACCGGGACUCGGUUCCUGGUCUACACGAGUAGCAUGGAAGUGGUGGGGCCUAAUGUCAAGGGCCACCCCUUCUACAGGGGCAAUGAAGACACCCCAUAUGAGGCCAUCCACAGGCAUCCCUACCCAUGUAGCAAGGCCCUCGCUGAGCAGUUGGUCCUCGAGGCCAAUGGAAGGAAGGUCAAUGGAGGGCUACCCCUGGUGACAUGUGCCCUUCGACCCACGGGGAUUUAUGGUGAAGGUCAUCAGGUCAUGAGAGACUUCUAUCACCAGGGACUGCGCUUUGGAGGUCGGCUGUUUCGGGCCAUCCCAGCUUCCGUGGAGCAUGGUCGGGUCUACGUUGGCAACGUGGCUUGGAUGCAUAUACUGGUGGCCCGAGAGCUGGAGCAGCGGGCAGCACUCAUGGGUGGCCAGGUGUAUUUCUGCUAUGAUAAGUCACCUUAUAAAAGCUACGAGGACUUCAACAUGGAGUUUCUGAGUCCCUGUGGACUUCGGCUGAUAGGCACCCACCCACUGCUGCCCUACUGGCUACUGGUGCUGCUGGCUGCCCUCAACGCCCUACUGCAGUGGCUGCUUCGGCCGCUGGUGCUGUACACACCCCUGCUGAAUCCCUACACUCUGGCUGUGGCCAACACCACCUUUACUGUCAGCACCAACAAGGCACAGCGCCAUUUCGGCUACAAGCCCCUCUUCUCAUGGGAAGAGAGCAGGGCCCGCACCAUUCACUGGGUGCAGGCCAUGGAGGGUUCCGCCUGGUGAUGGCAGGGCCAGGAACUGGAGACCACUGUGGCACACUCCAGGUCCUGAGCCCCCAAAAGCCUGGAUGGAGAGAAAUGGCUACCUGUUGAAGCUGCUGACUCUGCUAGACACAUCAGGACUCUGUGAUAUGGAUCCUGCCACGUCUGUGCCUGGUUCAUAUCCCAGUCUCCAAGUUCUAGGACAGAGUCUGGGUGCAGGCCUAUCUUUGGUGCCAACUCGGGCCUGCCAGCUAGUUGGCAAAACUGAUUCCUGAAUGGUCUCACUACCCCUUCCUGUUUCUAGUUUCUCAAGCAGGGAGGGACAGAGACUCCAGAGGUCUCUUGCUGGUCUGCUUACUCCAGGUACCAUUUUCAGACCUGGCUCCUGCCACAUCUGGUUCUCCUUAAGGAGUUACAGUUUCAUCUUUUUCUUUUCUUUUUUUUUUCUUUUUUUCGGAGCUGGGGACCGAACCCAGGGCUUUGAGCUUGCUAGGCAAGCGCUCUACCGCUGAGCUAAAUCCCCAACCCCGUUUCAUCGUUUUCUUAAGUGUAUCUUUUUUAGACAUUUUUCUUUUAAUUUGCUUUAAAGAAAACUGAAGGAAUGAGUGGUUUUCCAUGUCUUGCCUCUCUUAACAAAUUCAGCUAUGAUAUUGUUAGCUUCCUCCCUGAGGAUGCCAACCUGUAUCUGGCCACGCCUGGAUUAAAAUCCUUUGCCAAGUC